GGGCGCAAGAGUCAAACAAGCUUGGAAGCGGUGCUUCGAAAGCUCGGCUCGGUGUCGACAAGUCAGUACCGAGCAGCCCAUAACUAGUUUGCACUUAUGAGACCCUCGCGGUCCGACUUCUUCACAGCCAUAAAAAAAGAAAGAAGGGCUUUCCCAUUUCACAUGGCCAUACACUGAGGUGUCUAAUGGCCUCCAGCUCAGGGCUGUCCAUGUGAGAAGUGAAUCUGAGAAGAGAAGGGCAGACGCUUGGAGAGAGAAGAGUUUCCCACAGAGCAUGGCCUCUGCCAAAGAAGAUGGUGUUGAUGAAAGAAUGGUGGACAUUAAAGAAGAAGACUGUGAGCGGCUCACACCAGAGGAUGUGUGUGUGAAGCUGGAGGAUCAUGAAGAAAGAAUUUCAGUUUUUAAAGAGGAGGAGGAGGAGUGUAAGUGGGUGACUGUUACCAUUAAAGCUGAGGAUUUGAAUGAUUUCUCUGUUGAUCUUGAACUUCAAAAGCAUGAAACUGAGGAUAUUUUCAAACAAGAGGCUUGUGAAGAAUCUCCAUCCAGUUUACAGUCCAGGUCCACUAAUACGGGACGACUGGCUACGCAGGAGAAUUCUGCAGAGCUGAAAUCAGAGUUAUCAGAGUCUGAAGAGAAAAUCACCGAGGAAAAUGGGAGAGAAGGAGAAGAGUCACCUGGCAGUGUUGGAAUAAAUUUACAGAAGAAUGGCAGCUUCUCUCCAACUUCAUUUGGUCAGCCCUCUGUUCAAUACAACGAGAAAGGUAUGAAGAAAUCAGCAAGAGGAUCAGAGAACCUUACAGCAGCCUUUUUGCAGCGCAGGUCUUUCCCUGCUACUGGAGUAACACAGAGAGAAGCCCCCAAAACUGAUCAACAGCCAGUGGAAAAAGAAAUCCAAAUUCACACUGGAAUAAAAUGUUUGGAAUGUGGCAAACAAUUCACACAGAAAAGUCUUCUUAAUAAACAUUUGAAGAUUCACACUGGAGAAAAACCAUAUUGUUGUCAAGAAUGUGGUAAGUCAUUCUUAACAAGAAGCAGUCUUCAAAGACACAGAAGAAUCCACACUGGAGAAAAACCUCAUUGCUGUCCAGAAUGUAGUAAGUCGUUCUCACGUAUAAGCGAUCUUAAGAUGCACAGAAGAAUCCACACAGGAGAAAAACCUCAUUGCUGUUCAGAAUGUGGUAAAUCGUUCUCACAAAUAAGCGAUCUUAAGAUGCACAGAAGAAUCCACACAGGAGAAAAACCUCAUUGUUGUCAAGAAUGUGGCAAACAGUUUUCUGACAAACACAGUUCUCAAAGACACACAAAAAUUCAUACUGGAGAGAAGCCAUAUUGCUGUUCUCAAUGUGGAAAACGGUUUUUAAACAUUAGCAGUUUAAAAAGGCAUGCACAAACUCACUCUGGGGAUAAAAAGCAGUAUGUAUGUUCUGAAUAUGAAUAUGGCAAAUGUUUUGAAAGACAGAACAUUCUUCAUUCACAUGUCAAAAUCCAUAAUGAAGAAAAAUCUUAUGGCUGUUCUGAAUGAGGGAAAUGAUUCUUAUAUUUAUGUUCACUUCUGUCCCACAUCUGAACUCACACUGGCAAGAAACCUUAUUGUCCUGAAUGUGAUUAGCAGUUUUCAAAACACAGCAACCUACCGAGUCACAUCAGAAUUCACACUGGAAAGAAACCUCACAGUUUCUUGGAGUGUGGCAAACAAUUCUCAUCCCUAAUCCUCUUUAUAAUCCCUAGGAAAAGUCAUACUGGAGAGAAGCCUUACAGUUGUACUGAAUGUGGAAUGCGAUUCUCAUAUAACAGUUGUCUUUACAAUCAUAAAUUAACUCAUUCUCAUAAGAAGGAAAGCUGUUCUGAAUGUAGCAAGCUUUUCUCAGACAGCAGGACUCUUAAAAGACCUCAUGAGAAUUCAAUGUGGAGAGAAACGCAAUUGCUGUCCAGAAUGUGGCAAAGGGUGCUCAUGUCAAAACACGAGUAAGAGCCACAGAAGGAUCCACAUCGGAGAGAAGCAGUACACCUGUUCUGAAUGUGGUAAAGGGUACUCUUCCAGAUAAAGUUUUCAGAGAAGCACACAAAGUCAAAAUGGAGUAAAGCCUGUUCCAGAAAUGACAAAUGAUCUUUGUAUUGGCUCCUCGGGCAAAAAAA